UCUGAUGCAGAAUAAAGAAUUCAAGGGAUGCUGUACGUUGAUACAGAUUUGGUCAUGGGAGCACAUUCAUAUUGGACGACCCACUUUACUUAUGCACCGUGACUUAGAGGGGCAGUAUCCGUUGGCAUACAGGUAUAAUGUACGAUACGCUCAGUACAGAUCAGCGACACGUCACCGUCAGUUUUACCGAAAUGAGCUUGAUGGCCUCCAGCACGAACAGUUCAAGUAGAGACCCUAUACACCGCCGGAGCUCGAUAUGCAUUCUCUUGCACCUAUCUGCCGAGAUAGUCCCGACUUGUGGAGAGCCAGAGUUCCAUUGAUCUGUUGGGAGAUCGUAGAGAUGCAUGUACCGGACUGUGUGCUACGGCAGUUUACACUCUCUCAACAUAUUCCAGAUCCUGUCGAGCAGAUCAAUCGUCGGCGGCGUCCUACAUCGCACCGGACUAACUGGGCCGUAGUCCGUGUGGCCUACAUAGAUAGGUGGGUUCACAGGUGGGAUUGCAUACAGGAUACGAGGCCCACAGCUAUUGACUAUAUCGCGUAUAUGCAUUGGUAUUGGGGUAUCACACGUAGAUGGAUCACGCGUGACCCAUAGCCCUUAGUUGGACACAUGCCACGCCCACCGACAGAUAGUUACAUCCCUAGUGGGAUGAACGAGAGAG